AGACAGGUGCCAUUUGGGAAUUGGGACAGAACAAGCCUGUGUGUGUUUCCAUCUGAAUGCAUCGCUCUUACCCUCUCAGUAGCCUGCUAGUGUGUGUGCGUGUCUCAGUCUGUGUUGUCACUGUCCUCCAAUCUACUCCCAGCUCAGCAUGGCCAGAUUUACACAGAGUGAAAGCAGAAGGCAUCAGCAGCAGCACCAUCCCCAGCCGCCUCAUCCCGCCCCCGUCAACCUGCUUCUACAGCAGCCGCUCUUACUUAUCCCCCAUCAGCAUCAGCUCGAUCACAGCCCUGUUCCGAAGCCCAUGAACGGACCCGACACCGUCUCCAUGCACACGGACAGCGGCGCCAUGAAAGACCAGGACGCCAUCAAGCUCUUCAUUGGACAGAUACCGCGGAACCUUGAGGAAAAAGACCUGAAACCUCUCUUUGAGCAAUUUGGGAAAAUCCACGAAUUGUCUGUUCUGAAGGACCGAUACACAGGCAUGCAUAAAGGAUGUGCGUUUCUCACCUACUGUGCCAGGGAGUCUGCCAUCAAAGCCCAGAAUGCAUUGCAUGAGCAGAAAACCCUACCUGGGAUGACUCGUCCCAUCCAAGUGAAACCAGCUGACAGUGAGUGUCGUGGAGAGGACAGGAAGCUGUUUGUGGGGAUGCUGAAUAAGCAGCAGACUGAGGAGGACGUGUAUCGCCUCUUUGAGCCCUACGGUGCCAUCGAGGAGUGCACCGUGCUAAGAGGUCCUGACGGAAACAGCAAAGGUUGUGCGUUUGUGAAGUUCUCUACUCACUCUGAAGCUCAGUCUGCCAUCAGCUCCCUGCAUGGGAGUCAGACGAUGCCUGGAGCGUCAUCCAGCCUGGUGGUGAAGUUUGCAGACACAGACAAGGAGAGAACCCUACGGCGCAUGCAGCAGAUGGCUGGACAGUUUGGCAUGUUUAACCCCUCUGUCUCUCUACCCACGUUCACUAGCUACAGCAGCUACACACAUGCCUUGAUGCAGCAGCAGCAGGCUGCGGUGAUGGCCGUGUCUCAGGGGGGCUACCUGGCCCCCAGCCUCUCCUUCCCCUCCGCCCAGCUCCACCAGGUGGGGGCGCUAACCAUGAAUGGCCUGCCGCCCAACCCCCUCAACUCCGUGUCAGUGAGUUUGUAUUCCCCCACUGCAGGUCUGAGCUCCCCUCCGUCCACCAUGCCCUCCUCCCUGCCCAGUCUGGUGACCCCCAUGAUGAACGGGUAUACGGGCCUCGCCCCCCAGGCUAACAUGCACCCUCUGGAGACCCUCUACACCAACGGCCUGCCCCCCUACUCCACCCAGAGCCCCACUGCUGCAGACACACUGCAACAAACCUUUACUGGGGUGCAGCAAUACACAGCCAUCUACCCAGCGACUACACUGACGCCUGUAGGUCAGUCUCUGGCACAGCACCCUCAGGUCAUUGGCCAACAACAGAGGGAAGGUGAGGGACCUGAGGGAUGUAACCUGUUCAUCUACCACCUGCCCCAGGAGUUUGGGGAUAACGAGCUGAUGCAGAUGUUCCUGCCUUUCGGCAAUGUCAUCUCCUCCAAGGUAUUCAUGGACAGAGCCACCAAUCAGAGCAAGUGUUUUGGCUUUGUGAGCUUUGAUAACCCGGGCAGUGCCCAGGCUGCCAUCCAGGCCAUGAAUGGUUUCCAGAUCGGCAUGAAGAGACUAAAGGUGCAGCUGAAACGUCCCAAAGACGCCAGCCGUCCCUACUGACACCCCCCAGCAAAGGUUUAAACAGAAGUAUGGAGGACGUCUUUGAUGGAAUAAGACAUUUCAUGAAGGAACAAACUCAAAAGUAAUUAUGUUUUUAAAACAAUGGAAAAUAGACUUCAUAUGGGAGUUGGGAAGAGAUAUGCUUUCAUCUUCAAACAUAUCUGACUGGGAGAGGACAGGACUCGCAGCUCUGCAGCAGUGAAAGUUUGGUAUUACAGACAGAGAGCAAUGGGAUAGAACAAGACUUUCAAAACAAAUAUUUUUUUUGUUUUUUGUUGAUACAAACAGAAACAACUUUGAACAAUUCAGCAUCUUUGGAGACUUGGUAGUGAAGAAGAACACCACAAGCAGACUAACAAGCAAUGCUAAAAAGGAUAUGAUAGACUCAAAAAGCAUAGGAAACAAGAGACUUCAGGUUUUUCCUACCAUGUAAUGAACGAAUAAGGGUUCAAACUUGAUCUGAGGAUUAUUUACAUUUGUCUUUCUUUCUCUCUCUCUCUUUCUCUCUCUCUCUUUCUCUCUCUCUCUUUCUCUCUCUCCUCUUUCUCUCUCUCUCUUUCUCUCUCUCUCUUUCUCUCUCUCUCUUUCUCUCUCUCCUCUUUAUCCUUUCUCUGUGAGUCCCAAGCUUGCAACUUACUCAAGUUUCCAUAGCAACCAAGCGAACUGCACCCCCUUGGGAUCGGAGGACCAAAUGUUUUUCUCUUUCUCUUUAAUAGUCAUGUACAAAAUACUAACAAUCAUAAUACAAUAACAGUAUACUGCUUAGUUUAGUGCAAACUAACAUUCAAAAAUAAUUUAAAUGCAGUAUUCUACUGUAGUUGAAUACAUAACAGUGACAGAAAGGUUCUUUAGGUCAGCAUUGGAUAAUUCACCAUCAGUGUACAGCUGACUACUAAGCAGUAUGUAAAUGUGAAAUUGGAUCAUGUAGCAGUCAGUUGGAGAGGUUAGUGAGGGAGAAUGUUGCCGCAAGCUCUUUCUGAGGGCUGGAAUAGAUAAUGGAGCAGUUGUUCUGUUGAAAACCACCUCUUAUCAUCUGUUUACUGGUACACUUCAUCUUUGGGCACUCAGUUUGAUCCUUGAACUAUUUGAGUUCUGUCUCCCUCUGUGCAGCAACCACUCUGUUCUAUUCAAAGAUGCCCAUAGGUACAGAUCUAGGAUCAGCUCACUUUACCUGAAUAUGAACCUUUAAGCUGGAAUCCGUUGUGGUGAAACUGCCCUCGUCCGUUCGCAAUAUUACAACAACUAACACAUUACAUCAUUACAUGCACUAUUCUGCCUAUAGAGCAAAGGCCAUUGGAUCACAUUUCGCUUCAGAAGCUAACUGCAGGUCUCGGGUCAGGGGUUAAAAAAAUGAUGUCAGGAGUGCCACAUGGAGUAGAAUGACUAAUACUAUACUGUCGUGUAUAGUGUAAUGUUAUUGGAGUAUAUCUAAUACAUAAAGUAUAAAUCCAUAGAAACUGUUCAUAGGAACUGAUCUUAGGUCAGCUUUCUGGUUUAGGUGCUUAAUGGUUUAAGUUAGGAUUUGGGGAGGGACAGCUGAUCCAAGAUCUGUGUCCACUUUGUUUAGCCAGUAGACUUCAUGCAUCGGGUUCUUCCUGGUCAGGUCACAUUCUCGUGAAAAACUCCUCCCCCUUACAGUAGCACAGAAACACUAGUAUGGCACAAGUUAGAAGUUGUUUAUUGCACAAGCUAUUUUAUCAUUGUAUAACAGGGGUGUCAAACUCAUUUUGCGAUGGGGCCACAUUCAGUCUUCAAUGAGAUCCGGAGGGCCGCAGUGAAAAUUGCUUAUAUUUCACCGGCGUCUAAAUGUUCAAUAAAUUGUCCUCUAUCCAUCGUUUGUUGAAUUUGCGU